AUUUUUUCUAAUAUGGAGCAAAACAGUUCAUACUUUAGCCCUGGGUAUACACAAAAAGAUAGGUAUGCAGUCUAUGGACAAGAGCUUCUGGAAAGAAUGGAGGGAUUAAAAUAAAACAGUCAAUGUUAACCUUGGCCUCCAUAUAAAUGACACUAGCUCCUUCUUGAGAGACAAGAAAAGCGCCUUUAAGAGAAAAUUAUUGAUUCCAAAGGAAGUCGAGUUACCCCACAAGAAGAUUUUCAUGAGAAGCAAAACUCUUGCUGCUAACGGAAAAAUAUCGAAGAAACGUGACUCUGAUGAUAAGGAGAUUAAUGAUCAAGAAGAAAGAAUGAGGAAGACUCAGUCAUUCAGUGUUUCAAAAGACCGUUGCUUUAAUUCCUAUUCGACCAUGGUGGAUCCUCUCGAAUCUCGUGAGAAGAAGGGCAGAUCAAAGAAAAAUGGUCCAUUUCAUAAAAGGAUAUAAGUUCAGCGAUGCUGAAAUCUCAUUCUCAGUUUAAAAUCCAGAAUAAAAAUGAUUUUACUCUCAAAAAAUCUUAUAUGAGCUCAUACAUGCCUCCUAGAGAAGAACCCCAGAGUGGAGAUAUGACCAAGGUUAGAAGAAAGAGGAUGAAAUCAUUCCAAGAAGAUAUAAAAGAAAAUGAAUUAUAUGAGAGGAGCCAAACUAAUCUGAAGAAAAAGAUUAUUAAAUUAAAGAAGAAGAUUUAUAAGCACAUGGCUCCUAAUCGAAUAAAACUUAGUAGAAAAGAGAACUGAUCAAAUCCAGGGCUAAAAUCUGGCCACUCUAAAUCCAGCUGUCAAAGUAUUGAUUAUCGCAGAUCUCACCAAGCAAAGUCCUUAACUUUUAGUAGAAGCAGCAAAGAGGAAAUGCCAUUGGGAAAAAGUAUGGUUACUAGUUUGGGCAGAUUCUUAGGGAAUAAAAACGAAUACCAGAUCAUCGGUCAUGAUAACGAAGAUGCUCACAGCAUCUCUCAAAGAUCUCAUUCAAGGAAAAACUCAGAUUACGGAGGAACUCAGAGUUCGAUCAUUUAUAAAAACAAGCCGUUGCUCCUCCCCUAUAACUCCUUCUGCCGUACUUGAGAUAAAUCUAUAGAGAAAGGUUCAAAUUAGAAAUAUAAUUUGAGCAAUCAAUUUUUGGAACAAGAAGAACCUAAAGAGCUUAUAAAGUAUUACAUUAAAAUAUAAAUCCAAUAUUUAUGUUGUAACAAAAUCUUCCUGCAAAAUCCUAGUUUCACUUGCUUAAAAUCAACUGCGACUCAGGCAAAAUAUAUUGUACCUUCGUCUUCAUUAUGCUCAGAUUAACCCAUUGCUUACCCACAAAUAUAUUU